UUGUGUCCUUAUGAUGAACUUCAAUCAAGGUUUCAACAGUAUGUCCCAGAGCCACUGCCACUCUCUCAGUAAUGUCUACAGUGUCGCUCCACUCUCUGCCAUCGUGCAUGCGUCUAAUCUCAGAAGUUUUGAGGAUGGAUUAUUUUUACCCAGCAGCUGCCAUGGGAGGACUUGGUUCCUAGACAACUUUCAAGAAAGCUGCAGUGAAACUACCAGCUUCAGAGUGCCCAGCUGUGAGCAAGAACUGUGCACAAAAGAGAGCUGUGUGCAAAGUGCCUGCCUGCCCAGAGUGGUCCAAACGACUUGCUUUAAUUCCAAGCCCUAUGAAAGGACAGCAUGCCAAUCAGGAAGAUCCUCAGCAGUGUUGGAGCAUGUUUCCCAGCCUUGCCCGUCAGGGAGCCGCCAGCAAAUGGGUUUUAUAGACCAGAGCUGCCAACUUGAGGGUUAUGUGGCAAAGAGUUGUCCACCCAAAACCUUUGUUUCCCAGAGUUGCCAAAUUCUGGAAUAUGAAUCUAGCCAAUGCCAACUUCAGAGCCCUGAGCCCAGAGUCUGUAGGCCUCUGGUCUAUGUCCCUCCCAGGCCACAACUCUUGGAAUCUUCUUACACUUAUGAGCCAACCUGCUGUGUUACUGGUGGUUUGUAUUUGCCUAGUAAGUGAAGAAUUUGUAGAACAUGUAGGGAAGAUAACAUAUUCUAAUUUAGAGUAAUUGAUUCUUGAGAUAUCUGGGAACUUUUAUGUCUCUAAAUAAAAAUUAUUGUGCUUAUAUUCAUGAGUGAAUGGAAAUAUCUUCUGUCUACAAAGACAAUAAUUUUAUUUUGCUUUUUUUUUCUUCUCUUUUGGGCAUUUCUGGUGGAAAGCUGGGUUGGGAAAACAUGUUAACUAUUUUAGGUCACAAGGAUGCUAUUUGUUAAUAGAGCAAUCAGAGUUGCAACCAGGGACUCACUAGGAACACUAAAAGAAGUCAACAUUACAUUUGGGCUACUGGUUAU